AUGUUUUCUCAAAGAACAGUGAUAAGAUUCCUCUUUAGCACUGGGCUAUUUUUUCAAGCCUGCGAAUCAGACGUGAGCUGCAGGAAUGACGACGGGAACGAGGUCGACUGGUACAUCUUAUACAAGUUGCCCAAUGUGAAUGACGGAGGUCUGUCAUAUCUGUACAUGGAUGAGAGCAGCAAUGGUUGGAAACGUAGCAGGGAGAAAAUCAACAGUGGCUCUGGCACCCUGGCCAACACCCUGAGACCUCUUCUUGACUUCUACGACAGAAAGAUGGAAGGAUUUGGAUAUAUGCUCUAUAACGAUCAGCCUCCAGAUCCAUAUAUUGCUCCUGCAUCAUUUGGCCACAGUAAAGGAGUCGUGAUGUUGGACAGACAAACCGGAGUCUGGCUCUCACACAGCACACCAAAAUUUCCAACAUAUCGCAAGAAAGACUUCUGGCCACAAAAUGGAAACGCUAACGGUCAAACAUUUAUAUGUGUGACUUACUCCUAUGAUGCUUUUAAAGAAAUAGGACUGCAGCUCUUCUACAUCCACGCUUAUUCAUACGACUCUGAAAUUCCCCAAACCUUUCAAAAAGAGCUGCAAUGUGUGGCACAGAGAAGCUGCUACCCAAAGAAGCCGCCCUGGUCUAGAGAGGUGACGCUGACGUCGGUGAACGGACACAAGUUCCGCAGCUUUGCAAAAUACAAACGAUUUGGGGAUGAUCUUUACUCUGGCCUUAUCGUAAACAGUGUGAGGCAGAAUCUGUACGUCAAGAGCUGGGGAAAGAUGCGUAGCCCUCUGUCUUCUAACUGCAGCAUCUCUUACCAUGUGUACAAUGUGAAGGAGGUCCAACCUCCCAAAAUGCAGCCCUUCGCGGACACUGUGGAUCACUCCAAGUGGAGCGUGACGCCCGACGGUGGCUGGACCUGCAUCGCCGACAUGAACAGGGAGAAGAGUCAGAUGGGCAGAGGUGGAGGAGCCAUAUGCACCAACGAUGUUGUGCCUGGUGACGCCUUCUAUUCACUGAUCAGACAGUAUGAGCCAUGUGACCGUGAACGUGCCCAUGCUGAUGCUCAGUACAGAGAGCUCUAA